AGUACUUUCAUGGACGUGAGAGGUGCUACUUUAACUGAAAAGAUUCUUUCUGGAAAAUUUCCCAACUGAAUUGCUGCUUCCACUAUUUUUGACUCAUUUACCUAUUGUUUUUUUUCAAACUAUCAUUCUCUGUCUCUUCACGAUCUCAUUUUAUUAUUAUUUGGUGCAUAUUUAUUUUUCUGCCUUUUUGGGCUAGGCUAUAAUUUAUGAACGACCUUUGAGCGAAUCUUAAGCGACCUUGAGAAAUCUUAGCCAAUCAGUAAACAAUCAGCAUAGGGUAAAAAUAUAUUAUACAAAACCGAAUAAUUAAAAUGGAUGCACUGCUUUCAUAUGGUCCAAAAACUUGUCAAGAUCCACUCCUGUGAUAUGACUCAUCCUGGUUUAUCCAUCAUCAAGUUACCAACUACGGAUUCUGCACCAGGUAACAACUUUAUAGAAAGUGCAGGAGAAAAGGUCGCUCAGCGUGUCGUGUUGUUUCCAAAACAGAGUAACCCAGGAAGCCAACUUAUUUGGCGUGGUGGUUGUUUGCAAAGCAUUUUGAGUGAUGUGCCAAGUCAAAAUACUCAGUCCAGUGUUGGGCAGCUAGGUAACAGCUUUGGAGAAACCUUACAAAGAAAGAUAGUUAACAUAAACCCCUUUGAAGACAAACCCUUAUCUUUGUCAUUGCCAUCGGUUUGGAAUCAAAAUCAGCAGAAUCCUACUAGAGAUGGAAUCUGUUCCUUAAAUUCGAAAAACAAAAACUUAAAGAGACCUAGGAAUGAGUUCAAUCCUAAUAACCCUGAAGGUAACAGUGAUUCAUCUGAGGAAAAAUCAUCUACAAAAGUCUCAGUAACCAAACCUCGCAUUCGAGCACAAACGAAACGUUCAGGGCGGCGAAAUGCUCCAAAACCUGUACAACAACCUCUCCUCUUAACCUUGCGACCUUUUCAUCCACCUGGAAACUUGUUACUUCCUGCACUUGAUCUAAUGUCUAAGUUUGAUGGCUUAGUUUCAUUUGAAAAUGAUAAAUUAGUAACAAAUAAUACUUCGAGUGGUUUAUCAACUAUCAACGAAGAAAAUAUUGACGAGACAUCAACAACAGUUAAUGCUUCUGUAUCAACUACCGGUCGGAUGAAAAGUAGCGCAGGAAUAAAUGAUAUCGACUUUGAGGAAUUUAAGCAUUAUAGACGUCUCAAUGGGUAUUCACUUUUCGUACAUGUCAAUAAGAAAAAAUAUGAAUCAUUUCCAGGCUCGACACCCGUUGAUGAUACAAAUGAUUCCAAUAAUAACGUACAAACUGACCUUGGUACCUCCAGUUCAGGAAAAGAAAACCAGAAGUCCAAUCGUAGAUGGCAGGCUUUAUGGUUAACAGUGCCAGAAAAAGUUAAACGUGAAUGGAAAAACAAGGCAAAACGUCUUUUAAAACAAAUUGAACAGCAUGGAAAACGGGAAGUUAUAUCUGAAGACAGAAAAUUAAGAGAACGUGAUCGUUUGGAAGUUCAACUCAGUCGCACACAAACAACAUUUUAUAGUUUGCUUGAUCUGGCCGCUCAUUUCCAGCUUUUGUGUGAUCGAUUUGCAACAUUUUCUAAAAGUGUUAAUGAUUAUGAGGGACCAGUUGACCCUGUAGGUGUAGAGUCGUUACUACUCGAUGGUUUAUUAACAUGUUUAAUCCCAUUGAUUGCACUAACAAAUGAAUUGGAGCCAUUCACAGAAGUUCCUGAUCGUAAAACUAUGUGUGACGCUUUAACCAAUUUAACUUUUAUCGCUCCAUUUUAAAAUAUGGAAAUUUAAUACAUUAAUAUAAAGUUUUGUAAAUAUAUCCAUGUCAUCCCAUUUUAAAUGUAGAAUAAUUGUGUAAAUAAACUUUUCAUCACUACGACGUUUUUUUCACCCUUUUGUUUCUUUAUAGUUUGUGUUUUUAGGAUUUUUUACUUGUCAAUAAGGUAGAUCACUACUAUUCACCUUUUUUGUCAGUCAUUAUUUGACGAAAACUUGAUUUGUUAACUGAUUUUCUUCUUGUCGGAUUUAAUGAAGACUGUGUUAUUGUUUGAAAACCCGAAGUCUUUGCCACAAACAAUUAAUCUUGAGUUUUCAUGUUAGUUGAUCACCGAAAUAUAUGUAUUUCAGUCAUUCUUUUGUAAUAAUUGAGCAUAUUUACAGCACUAGUCUGAUGAAAGUAUUUUUUUUAUAACUACUGACUGAAUCUUACCCAUUUAACUUAUUUAUUUAUUUAUUUAAACAC